AAAACUCUCAUUAUUUGCAUUUAAUCUAUAAUUUCAUAAACAUUUCAAACCAUUUGUUUGAAUGAUUUUGUGUGGCAUUGGUGUCAACCCUUUGAAACCCACAUCUCAUGCAUGCGUUUACCGGCGAUUGACUACUGAUUGGUGUGUUGUGUGACCCGAUGGACACCCGAUGGACAGACUGUCUCGACAACGGCAACAACAAGAAGGCUCUUCAGGAGGCGGACAAAGUGCUGAAGAAGCAGAAGGACUUGGUUUGCGCUAAAGUGCUGAAGUCGUUGGCGCUCUUAAGACUCGGCCGACAGGAGGAGAGUCUUCGUCUCCUACAAGAAGUCCACUCCGACUCACCCACUGAUGACUCCACACUACAGGCGAUGACUAUAUGCUAUCGAGAGCUGCAUAAAAUUGAAUUAAUAGCCGACGCCUACGAGAAAGCGCUGAAAAAGGAGCCGAAGAACGAAGAGCUUCACUCACAUCUGUUUAUGGCUUACGUCCGGUUGAGUGACUACAAGAAGCAACAGUUGGCGGCUAUUAAUCUCUAUCGACUGAAACCCAAGAAUCCCUACUAUUUUUGGGCCGUUAUGAGUGUCUUAAUGCAGGCUAUCAGUGCAAAGGACGCGACCAUCGCUCAGACGGUGACACUUCCGUUGGCGGAGAAGAUGUGCAAAAAGUUUUUGGACGAAAAUAAGAUCGAAGCCGAGGCUGAGGUCGAGCUCUAUAUUCUGAUUCUGGAGAAGCAAAAGAAGUACAACGAAAUGCUGGCGCUUAUGGACAGCCCUAUCGGCGCUAAACUCAGCAAUCAUUUGGACUUUUUGUUCAAAAGAAGAGCCGAUCUCUUGAGGCUUUUGGACAGAUAUGAAGACGCGUUCGAGGCAUACAAACAAUUGAUUGAUAAUAAUUUGGAUCAAAUUGAUUACUACAAGGAAAUCAUUAGUAUAUCGUUUGCGUUGAAUGACAAGUCAGGCAAAGACUCGAAUGCCACUCAAAACCAUUACUUGUGUUUAGUAAUGAAUUUUAUAGACAAUUGUAUCGAAAAGAGUGGCAUUAGUUCGGCAUUAGUUGAUGACAACAGAGCGGAUCAGCCAAAGCCGGUGCCGCGUCUAAGAGGUCCUUAUUUGGCGAAAAUGCUUUUGUUUGGUUUGUUAGACAAACGGCAACGAACUCAGGGAGACGUCCAGCAACUGCUCAAACAGAUGACUAAUUCCGCCACUGAUUUGCUGUUUGAAUAUUUCGUUGAAUUCGGUUCAAAACAAGCGGCUAUUUAUGACUUGUUUUAUGCUUUAGAAGAGAUCCACUUAACUGAAGAGGAGGUCCAGACUUUAAUUCUUGAGAUGAAACAAUCGAUUUCUCGUAUAUCACAAGAUUAUAAAGACUUGAAUUCAAUGCAUAAGUUGAUGACUUACCACUACGUCCGCCACUUUUUGGGACAAAAUGACGCCUUGAGUAGAGAUAAUCGACAGAAACUGGUCGAGCAUUUGAACGAAAUGUACGAAAACUACUACAAGAAUAUAAUUUUGAAGAGUGAUGUCAUGCCAACCGAAGCCCAAUCGACGGAUCCGUUUGUGACUCUUAUGGCGUGUAUUCUAUUCGCGGACAACGAUUUAGACGACGAUAUGUUGAGUCAAACGAUUAUACUUCUGGAGAAAUCGCUAAUCAAAACGGUCGGUGCUAGUCAUUCACUACUGGAGUCGCUGGACGUCAAGCAUAUUCAAUACGACUCACUCGGAUAUGUGAUUACGACUGCCAUGAUAACCGGCGCCCACUUCACCUCCAGUUCCCAACUCUUGGGAAAUACACUUAAGUUUUAUUCGGCAAACUUCAAAGAUACUUUAGACUAUUUGAUAUCGUGUUAUAAAUUCGGUUCGUUUACUAAAGUCCAAGAGAUUCUCAGUUUUCGGGAUCGACUCAACAAUUCAUUGCAAUACUGUUUGUCAGCCGUUGAGCGAAUGGUUUUGGAUCUGAUCUUAGAGACUAAAAAUCAUGACUCGACUAAAGAUAUAAUAAAUUAUAUGGAAAUAGAUGUCGAAAAUGAUAAGUUUGUGUGGAAUGAGAUCUCCGAUAACCGAGACUUUAGUGUUAUUCGAAGUAAUCAUCAAAAAAGCGAGCGAUUAAUGAAAGACAAUGAAAAGCAGACAUUUGCCGACGAAAUACUAUGGCUUAAGAUCAGGAAUUUGAUAAUCAGAGCGAUCGCUGCCUCACAUAAUCUCGCUUCGGGUAAACCUGAGGUCUCUAAAGAGGAGUUCACUAAUAAUAACACCAAAAACGGCGCCGAAACUAAUGGCACAGUUAUCCGAAGUAAUGCCGAUAUGUUGAGAGAUCUCUCGCUGAAGUUUAAAGAAUAUAUCUCUUGUGUCCACUCAUCGAAAUUUGCAGAUUCUUUGAUAUCCAUCGAUGGCCCCAAUCGAGCGAUCGCUGCCUCACAUAAUCUCGCUUCGGGUAAACCUGAGGUCUCUAAAGAGGAGUUCACUAAUAAUAACACCAAAAACGGCGCCGAAACUAAUGGUACAGUUAUCCGCAGUAAUGCCGAUAUGUUGAGAGAUCUCUCGCUGAAGUUUAAAGAAUAUAUGUCUUGUGUCCACUCAUCGAAAUUCGCAGAUUCUUUGAUAUCCAUCGAUGGCCCGAAUCGGUCGCGAAUUGUUUUAUUUAAGGAAUCGUUGUUAACUGAUAUAAAAUCCGGUGAUAUAUUCGCCAUAAUUGUAGACAAAUUAGAAGAAGUGGUUAAGAAUACAAAGACAUUAUUCUGUAUUCAGUCAACUCUGGAACAGUUGACGAAUGCAAUCGAGACGUUGAGUAUAGCAAUCAUUUUUUUGGGAUUCUGUCAAUCAAUUAUGAAAAGCUCUUUGAAUAUCAAUUCAAAUAAAAAGAAUCGAAGAAAGAAAGAGACGUCCGGAUCAGCUGAAGAGACCACCAGUGGUUUAGUGAAGACAUACGAUUCACUGAUUUCCAAGUUUGAAGAGUCGGCUCAACGUAUUGACACAAUUCUCAAGUCCCUCAACAUAUCGUCCGUUUUUGACGAACGCUUUGCUUCCAAUCAAUCAAUGCGGUGGCUACUGUUAACCUCUGUUGCGAUCGGAAUCGGAGGUCAGAUAUCGGUCACGAAACGCAGCGCCUAG